GUGACCAGGCUCACACAGCUAGUAAUUAUCAGAGGUAGGAUUCAAACCCAGGACUUCCUGGCUCCAAAUUCUGCAGUUUCCACUGGACCAAGUUGCUUCUCAGGUGGUGACCUCCCUGUGAUAAUGAGGAAGAAAAUAGAGACCCAGACAUUUCCUAGGGCAGUGGCUUUCCAUAUAAGUCUGUUCUUCCUCCUUCAAGGGACACAGGGCAGUAACCACAAAGACGAGUUCAAGUUCUGUGGGGAAAGGAAUCAAACCCAUUCAAGCAUCCUGAACUACACUCGAGGCCAUUCUCACCACAUUGUCAUCGAGAACACAGAAAAUGCCCUAACAGUAAAGGCCCCGUUUCCUGCCAAAGAAGCCAGUCAGUCCUGGAAGUUCCCUAUGCCCCGGGGGCCAUAUCAUUUCUGCCUCUACUGGCUUCCAAAUGCUGAGAAGCUCCAACUCAUUUAUGGGAAGACGACUUAUGAGCUGAGUGACCAGGCCCGUGAAUUCCUAUGCUUCAGCCGUCUCGAGGUGGCUGAUCCCGUGCAGGGGCCCUUCCUGCUCAACCCUUCCUACAGCUCCUGGAGAAAACCACAGAACACCAGCCUUCUCAAUAGCCAUCGAUACACCUUCCACUUUCAUGACCCUCCUGGUGACGCCUCUUCCCACAAUGGGUCGGUUGACAUGUGUGACCUGAAACGGGAACUACAGUCACUAAGCAUGCUCUUGACUGGAAAGGUCGGCAGGAAGCUAUCACCUACCUCGGUCAGCCAGCACCUCCAGAGCUUAGAGUCAAAGUUGGUGGGUGUACACUUCAAAGGAGAUAAGGCUUCCUUCGAGGAGGACAGGAUCAAUGCUACUGUGUGGAAACUGAGGCCAGGAGUUAAGGAUCUGCACAUCCAUUCCAAAGUGAAGAUGGACCAGAGCACAGUGCAAGAGUACUCCGUGAAGUUGCCUAGUGCCCUCUUCGAGAAGGCCAAAGGCAGGAGAGGAGAGGCAGACAAGAGGCUCCUGCUCAUGGAUUUUAGCAGCCAGGCCCUAUUCCAGGAUAAAAACUCCAGCCAAGUCCUCGGGGGAAAAGUCCUAGGCAUUGUGGUACAGAAUACCAAGGUGUCCAACCUCCAGGAACCUGUGGUCCUUACCUUCUGGCACCAGCCACAGCCUAAGAAUGUGACCCUACAGUGUGUGUUCUGGGAGGAGAACUCUGAACCUGGAAGCCCAGGGAGUUGGAGUGAUUCUGGCUGCAAGACAAAGGUGGGGGAAAUCAACACAUCCUGCUUCUGCAACCAUCUGACUUACUUUGCCGUACUGAUGGCAUCUUCCGUGGAGAUUGAUGUCAUCCACAAGCACUAUCUCACUCUCCUUUCCUACGUUGGCUGCGUCAUCUCGGCCUUGGCUUGUGUCCUGACCAUUGCCAUCUACCUCUUCUCUCGGAGAAAGCAGAGAGAUUACACCAUCAAAGUCCACAUGAACCUCUUGCUCUCUAUCCUCUUCCUGGACCUGAGCUUUCUACUCAGUGAACCCAUGGCCCUCCUGGAGAAUGAGAUGGGUUGCCGGACCAGCGCCAUCUUUCUGCACUUCUCUCUGCUGGCCUGCCUCACUUGGAUGGCCAUUGAAGGCUAUAAUCUCUACCGGCUGGUUGUGGAAGUCUUCAGCACUUAUGUUCAUGGCUACCUGGUCAAGCUGUGCCUUGUGGGCUGGGGGCUUCCUAUCUUUUUGGUGACAGUGACAGCAUUGGUGGAUGGGGAGAAUUAUGGCUCUAUCAUCCUCACAGUCCAGAAGUCAUCUGAAGAUACCAUCUACCCUUCCAUGUGCUGGAUCAGGGACCCUAUUGUCAGCUACAUCAUGAACCUGGGCUACUUCUGCCUGGUGUUUCUGUUUAACACUGUGAUGCUGGGCACCAUGACAGUGCAGAUCCUGCGGUUGAACCAACAUGGCCAGAAGUGGCAGCAUGCCCUCACCCUGCUAGGUCUAAGCCUGGUUCUGGGCAUCCCUUGGGCUCUGGUCUUUUUUGCCUUCACCUCCGGCAUCUUCCAGUUGGUUGUGCUUUAUCUCUUCAGCAUCAUCACUUCCUUUCAAGGCUUCCUGAUAUUUCUCUGGUACUGGUCGAUGAAACUCCAGGCCAGGGGCCCUUCCCCUCUGAAGAGCACCUCGGACAGCGUCAAGUUACCCAUCAAUUCUGGGAGCUCCUCUGGCAGCCGCAUCUAGGCACUAAGAGGUUGUGCCUGCCCACUCCAGACAGAAGAGGAGAGGAGAAAACCAGUUUUCCCUUGUCCCUCUUUCCUCUUUCUCCCACCCCUCACAGCCCUUGGCUCAUGUGUGGACUUUCUCAGUCUGUCUGACUGGACUUCUUCUUCACAGUCUUGAUAAAUGUUCUGGGCUGUGGGCUCCAGUCUAGUGGAACAAAGCAGUAGUGGCGGGGGUGGGGCGGCUUUCUCUGGCCCCUGCUAUGAUGACUUUAAAGAAGAGGAGAGGUAUGUGAGGUGUCCUAAGGAAUGAAAUUCAUCUUGGUGUUGGGGUGAGGGAAGAGGUGUUAAUAGGCUUGAAUAGAGUAAUAGGAGAAGAGAAAUGGGACACUUUCUUGGCUCUGACAUUUGUCAGCUCUUCUGUCAUCCCACAAUGAGGCUAAAGCUUGAGACUGAGCUUCAGAUAUUCCAACUUAACCUUGGUUCAGCUUUAGCCUGGAGACUACAUAAAGAACAUCCCCUGGUCCAUUCUCAGGAGGAACCAAAACAUUGGUUCUAUGUAAAUCCCCUAGACUGAGCUAUUUUUUUCUGAGGUUGUUUCAGACUUCAGCUCAACAUGUGGGAAAAAAAACAUUCUAUCAAUUACCUAGAGUUACCCCAAAAUAGAAUAGAAUGAGAUAGUACAUUCCCUAUCGAUGGAAGUGUUCAAGUGGAAGGUCAAUGAUCAAAUAUUUGUCAUGGAAUUUUUAGAUGGGAAUUCUUCCCAGGUAGGAGAAUCCCAUUAACCUCAGAGCAGCUGUAGAAGAUCGUAGAUUUCUCCAGAUCAACCAUGACCCAGGACUGAGGUGACCUCUCAGGUCCCAACUCAUUCCAUCUUCUCUCUGCCACAGGAGUGAUACCAAUCUCCAGUCUCUCCUGGCCUGGGCCAGUCCUCAGGGUUCAGGGGCAGAAAUGGCAGUGUUCAGAUACUGGUAGAUCUAGAAAGCUCCUGUCAUCUUCUGCCCUCUACCCCAACAGCAUAGGGUUAUAGAGCAUCUUUCCCUGGGCUCUUCCCCCAACUUUGAAAUGAAUAGCUCCUAGCUCAAAUUGUGGCCAUCACACUUCUCAUUUUCAUCCUUAUUCUAAUGUGAGGGAAAACCAAAAUGUUCCAUGGGAAGUAUCGGGGGAGAGAGAGAGAGAGAAAGGGGGGAGGAGAUUGGGGGAGAAGUGGCCGUCUACUGCCCUAAUUUGGAGACCAAAGAUUAUCAGAGCUGGAAAGGGCCCUUAGAGACCAUGUAGUGUAACCUUCUCAUUUUACAGCUGGAGAAACUGAGGCCCAGAGAGGGGCUGUGCUGUAUACAAGGUCACAGAGUCAGGUCUCCCUCUUUGAUCUUUUCUAUACUAUACUGCCUUUUCACAAGACCAAGUCUCCCUUCUGAGCUCCCAAGAACAGCUAGGAUUAGGGAGUUGUGGUCUCCAGCCUCAUCUCCCCCAGAGGCAGCAUCCCAUUCCUCCCAUCUCCAGUCAGCCUACCUUCUUGGGACAAUGGUUUUUUAGUAGCUGUCACGCACUGUGCUUGUUGUAUAUAUUUUUAAUAUUGUACAUAGUCUGUAAUUUUGAUCAAAUGCACUGUUUCCUCUAAUGUUGGCUUAUUAAAGGAUAUCUGUGCUGCCAACCUUC